UUCAUGUCCGAUUAACGUCAUUUGAAACGCACGGCGUUUGAAUUAGAUUUGCUCAAUGACAUUUAAAUCUGGGAUAAAUGUAUAUGUGAAAAUGUGCAAGUUUCUUUUCGAAGACAUUGCAGAACUGAAGGAACUAAAACUCCGUUAAAAAGGAAAAUGAAAGUAAAUCUUCAAAUUCCAAUGUAAACAUCGGUGGCUUCAACAAGUUCCCUAAAACGGCCAGGGAUGGAAUGAACAAACUUCUGAAGGACGUCGACUGGGAUAUCACUGAGAACCUCCUGAAUCCGCGUCUCCAAGUCUUCCCGGUUUUGUGUUUUGUGUAACCCCACUGGUAAAGAUCACAUGCAGUGAGAACUAAACUUCUUGGAGUUCUGAACUUCUAGACUUCUGCGGUCACAGUCUUCAGGUUUUGGCUCCUGCACGUAAUGGGGUUACCACACAUGCAAAUUCAAUACUUUAGGCGACGCUGGCCUAAGAAUAUAAAAAUGUCAUCAUUUGCUGAAAAUAUUUUCAGAUAUUUUCUUAUAGCUUUCAACGUCAUUACUGGUAUUCUGGGUGUUGUUGGCAUGGCUCUUACUGCACUCACAGCUUUUAAGAGAGACAUCUUUCUGAAAGGGCUCAGUGAGAUCAAACCGAAGAACAUUGCUGAUGAGUUAUUGGACAACACUGUUCUAUACAGUGCUUGUAUUUUGUUUGUUGUAUCGAGCAUUAUUGUUCUGAUCUCCGUUUUGGGUUGUUGUGGGGCCAGUAGUGAAAAUAGAUGCAUGCUAUGCACAUAUGCCAUAGUGAUGUUUAUCCUGAUGUUAUUGAAUUUAAUAUUCUUCAGUUUGCUUAUUGCUUCUCGGUCAAAGUUGGAAGAAGGAAUCGAAACAGGAUUGUGGAUGGCACUAAACGAAACCGAGAACAACGAGGGUUUGAGAAAAAUUGUUCAAAACAUCUUCAUCAAUAACGAAUGUUGUGGUGUAGAUUCGCCUGAAGACUUGGAAGGAUAUGAAAACAUCGCGUGCUAUACGACGAAAGGACAUGUGGUCGGCUGUAAAGAGAUACUCGAAGCGUCCAUUGAUAGAAGUUUCACUGCAAUCAAAGUAAUUUCAAUAAUCACAGCAAUAUUCCAGAUCAUGCUCAUUAUAGCUUCCUGUUACGUAUGUGCAUGGAGCAAAACAGAAAACCCAAAGGACACAUAUAUUUCGUAACAAACAAAAGAUAUUUCUUUAAAACUGAACCGAAACCUUUUUUUAUUUAUGCUUUCCUUGUCAUGAAACUUUUAUAUUUUAUGCAUAAUUUAUCAUAAUUUAUCAUAAUUUAUCAUAAUUUGUUAUCAGUAAUUCAUUAUGAAUUCGCAAAUAUCUGUGAUUUUGUAUUGACAAAGGAAACAUCUUUGGUUAUUUCAUUAUAAAUUCUUUUAAUGUAAUGGGGAUCAACUUAAUCGAUGAAAGUAUAGUGUAAUAUUCUGUUGGGGAUCUACUUUCAUUCAGCAGAUUCUUGAGAAUUAAUUGCUGUAAAUUUGGUUGCAGAAAUACAAUUUACUUUUAGUUUAAUAAUAAACCUAAGAAUUUGUAAGUUUGUAAAAUAUGCUAUAAAUGUAUUUUGUUCUACCAAUUGAACCUCUUGAAUAAUUGCAAAGUUGAUUGUUAUCGAUCUAUGAAAUGAAUUGCUAUUAUUAAUUUUUUAAUUAAUCAUAGAAAAUUUAUCAUGAAGCCAUCAUCUUGUUGAUAAAUCAUUUGACUAUAUUUAAUGUUGAAAGCAACAAGAAAAAAAUAUUCAGGAAUUGAUUUUAUCUCGAAGUUCCUUACAUCCGUCCAUCAAAGGAUACUCUCUAUAGUCGCUUGACUUGUUAGAAAUAGCUACCAUGAUAUUCUACAACCAUGAAAAGGAAAGGCACACUUGAGAAUGUGGUCUCUGGGUACACUAUUCUCGAAUAAAAGGAAGACAUUAUAGGCACAACAGGCUAUUGUCUUUGAUCAUAAUUCUGUUCUAACAGAACUGGCAUGGCGCUGUUAUUUUAUUCAAUUCUUUACCUCUAAUCCCAAGAUGAAAUGUCAAUGAUUCAAAAUGGUUUAUAGGUAAGAAUACAAUUCUUAUGUGAAAUAACCUUCAGUGGAUAUAUGUGAGUGAGUUAAAAUACCAUAAAUAUUCCACUUUAACGAUUUUUGCAUAUUUUCAAUUCUUGAAAUAAACGGUUAACUGCUUUUUUUUUCUCAUCAACUCUUUGAUUUCCUACAACCAUUAUUUGGGUUUCUUCAGAUUUUAUAAUUCUGACUUCAUUUGGAAUUGGUUUCUGAGAUAAUUACACACAUUUUCGUGUCUGGGAAAAUCCAUCGAUCAUAUCUCUUCCCAGUAAAUGUGUAGUCUUGUCCUAAUGUGACAAAUCAAUAUUUGAUAACUUCAAUAAUUUGCGUUAAUGAAACAAAGACGAAAUAAUAAUCUUUUCUACUCUGGGCACAAGACCCAAAAUUUUUGUGAAGGGGGCUAGUCUAUUAGAUCGACCUCAGUACGCAACUGGUACUUAAUUUGUUGACCCCGAAAGGAUAAAAGGCAAAGUAGACCUUGGCAGAAUUUGAACUCAGAACGUAAAGACAGACGAGUAUUUCGUCAAGCAUGCUAACGUUUCUGCCAGCUCACUGCCUUACGAAGACGAAAUAAUAAUAAUGAAAGGAAUGAGCUGUCUUUUAUUUCUUUAACAUAAAAUCAAAGUUGAUCUCAAUCUCAACCGAUCAAAAUAGAACCAGAAAUGGCACCAUAUUAAAAAAUCAACAGAGAGUGGAAGAGAACAGAAUUGGAGCUUUUGCUAGUAUAUGCAGAGUGGAAUUGGUUGUGAAGCACAUAGUAUUAGUGGAUGGGCAGGGGUGGGGUUCUCUGCAAGGUAAAGAACCAUGGUUGUUGUGAAGUAGCUGGAGAAGGGAUCGGCAAAGUUAUUGAUUGAAAUCCUUUUGAUAAGGAACCAAAACGAUCGGCUGCAGUUUGAAAGAUAGGAUAGUUUGAGAAGAAGCCAUACGAUUCACCAAGUCAUCCCUUGCACAUCCGAAAUUGGUCUUGUUGCGUAGCUGGAUAAACAUUGCCGGGCGAUGAAUAUGUAUUGGAAGGGGUCAGUUGCAGCAGACAUCAUAGAUCUUGCUCUUGAACAGUUCCAGCACAGAUAUGUAUAAAACAUUUGAGAGACGUGGGACAUUUUAUGUGAGAUGUUGAGAGACAUAUCUAAAAGGAUAGCUUCAGUCACUUCUGAACCACAAUCUCAAUAGAAUUUAUCAUUGACCAUUUCAUACCACUUCAUACAUGCAUUUUGUUGGGCAACUAUAUUUGAUCAUUUGCAAAAUUAUUAGUUAUUAUCUGUAUUAAUUAAUUAUAUGUGCCUAUAGAAAAGUAGUUGUUGUAAUUAAAAAAACCGACUAAUUUGUAUAAAAGUAAAACAAUUCAAUGAAGAUAUGAAUUCCUUCUUGGAUUUGAAGCCAUAAUGACUGUCAACAAUUAAGUUUAAUAAUGAGCAAUUAGUCACUAAAAGACAAUCUUAGAAAGAUAUAUAACCCUUACACAUUCCAACCCCACCAUCUCUAUACAUUCCAUUCCUUAGACCACACCCUUGCUUCCCACACUCUCGCCUCCCCCACACCCCAACAUCACCACACCACACCACAUACCACCACACUAUAUACCACCACACCACACCAUCGCACCACACACCACCACGCCACCAUACCACACCACUCCACAUUACACCAACCCGCACAUACUAGCACUGACCACUUCCCAGCACCUACACCAUCAUCCACACGCCUACACAUGUACACACGCACACGUCAAUGUCACCAGCCCCCUUCCACACGCACAUACACGCUCUCACACACACGCGUACCUUCGUUUUGGGAUCACCACUACUUUAUUAUCUCCCCUUCUUCCUAGCUCUCCUGUGUGACCCCUCUGUCCGGUAUUCACCAUGAUAGAUCGCUAGCCACUAAACUUUUUUCUAUUUUCUCUCCCUGUUUAUUUCUGUGUUCCUUUCUGUGGAAGAGCGUAGGCUCGAAACGUAAAAGACUUUCUCACUUCCCGAGUGUUAAACUAAUACAUCCGUUUGUUGUUUACACACCCGUCUUCGUCUUUUGUUUUCUUUUGUAAAUUCUCACUAUUAUUUACUACAUCUACUUUUCUUUCUAUACACUUUCAGAAAAGUAGAAGAAAACUUUAUGGUUGCAAAAAGGGAUCACCUCAGUAAAUCUAUUUAAAGUUUUAGGACCCCAAAACUUAAGAAUGGCAAGGGAUUCCCUUACACAUAACUUACACUUAUUAAUAUUAACUCUGAAAUAUAUGUAUGUUUUUAUAUGUUUAAGAACCCAUGGUAAUAUUUAUAUAUGAUCAAAUGCUUGAGCUAUGGUGUUAUAUAUAAAGUCUUUGACUCGAA